UUUCGAAAACAACGCUUUUUGUUGCGCUGAAUUUUUAGCACUUUUUGAGGAUUUCUCGAGGGUUUUCGACUCCAAAAAAUGGAACACAUCCCGUCCGUUCGCCGCCGUUCUAGCCUCUUUUCCGGAAACCAAGGAUCGGAUUCCUCUUCGGGCUCCAGCGAACGCGCAAAAUACGAAAAGCAGCUGCGAGCGGAGAUAAAGGAGUGGAACGAUCUGCUGCGUUCAAAGUACCAGCAACUGCGGCAGAUGCAAUCUAAAGUCUGCAGCGUGGAUCAAACCUUGCUGACCGAGGAGCAGAAACGUUAUCUAGCGGAUGGGCCAUCGGUGGAUAAGUUUAUUGGCGAAACCAGGGAUUUUGAUCAAGCGGUCGAAGAGUACAUCGAGCAUAAAACGCUGCUCUUGGACUGGAAAGCUUUGAUCGUCCAAGAGGCGAACGCUUUAGUGCGAGCCAAGCUGAACUCGCUUGUUUUUGAUGAAUUGAAUAGAGCGCCCCAGAAACGGCUUCUUGGCGAUUCUUAAU